ACUGGUAGUCAAGUGAGCAGUUAGCGACAUUAUCGGGCCGCGAGUACUACAUUAGUGAUCGCUGCGACAGUCAGUAUCCACAGCUCGUAGCGCACGGCAACACGCCACCCACCUCACCCAACCCACAACACAAACACUCACUAUCAACUCUCUCUCUCUGCCGGAGAAUCAGUCGAGAUUUGAUCACCAAACUUUGGGUAAACUUGGGUCAGGAGUGAGUGUUUCGGGACUCUGGUCAAGGAAGACAUUCUGACUGUUAGUGGGAGUGAAAGUUGGGUGUUGGGCGUUGCUCUGAGGGCUCACCAGCGGUACACGGGGCGCUGGCGGCAGUUCAACUCCUGUCGCCACAAGUUUCUAAGUGAGUUUUCUAGGACUUUGAGUGGCAUGCUGGAGCUGAACCAGCCACCGUCGUCGACUAGCGCGGGCGGCAUGUUGUCCUUCUUAUCUAACAUGGACAACCGCGGCGGUCUGGUGUUAAACCCGCCGCUAGCUGCACUACACACCAUGACAGAUAUGAAGUCCUUAUAUUCGCAGCAGUCCGUAAAGUCUCUCUCGCCGCAGUCGCCGCCGCAGCUCUCCCCGCAAGGACUGUCGCCGCAAGAGCUUGCGGCGUCGUACGCGUCAGCGGUCACUACAGCGAACUCAGCCACCACCACACUGGCCACUCCACACAACAUAGAAAACAUCCUCAACCGGCCGAGUCCGCUAGUUACCACCUCCACGGGCCUGUGUACGGUAGGCCAGAUGGGUGGCAUGUCCAGCCUAGGCCGACUCGGCGGCUCCAUGGGCCUCUACAGCGGCCUGGCCGGCAAAAUGGCAGACCUGACCCGGCCACCCUCCAUUUACUGGCCGGGCGUGCAAGGAAUGUUGCAGAACCCGCUCUUCUGGCGCGAGAGGAUACAGUCCAGUCACGGUCUGCCGGGCAUGACCAUGGACAAAGAUGGCAAGAAGAAGCACACUCGACCCACCUUCAGCGGGCAGCAGAUCUUCGCCUUGGAGAAGACUUUCGAGCAGACUAAAUACCUGGCGGGUCCCGAGCGGGCCAAGCUGGCCUACGCUCUGGGCAUGACAGAGUCUCAAGUCAAGGUGUGGUUCCAAAACCGACGCACAAAAUGGCGGAAGCGGCACGCGGCGGAGAUGGCCACAGCCAAGCGGAAGCAAGAAGAAGCUGUAGAUGGCUACGGCGACGAGGACCAAGACGACGAGGAAGAACAAUCAGAGUCGAAGAGGGUGAAGCACAGCCUGGAGGAGCAGCAGCAGGAGGCAGCCGGACCUCAGCAGCAGCAACAACAACCACAACCGGCCCCCACGCACCUUCCCGCCAUCCCUGGUCACUCCGUCUUGUCCCUGGACCCGCUGGAGUGUACUCCAUCACGGGACCUGCAGCCAGACAUGCAGUGAACCCGUGCGUGUCCUGACGCCCAAGGAGCCCUCUUAUAGCUUCAUCCCUUCUUGUGUAAAACCUCAAGCUCUGCGUUCAGCUCUUCCCGAUUUUGUGUCUUCUGUAAGAUCCACGAGCUAAUGCAGCGUGCGCCGUGCCACAAGCUACGUAUCCUCGUAGUCCACACUCCUCACCCUUUUACACUCUUCACCCUUCCACACUUCUCACCCUGCCAUACCUUUACCCUUUCAUACUCCACACUCCUCACCCUUUCCGCUCUCCACAUUCCUUACCCUUCCAUUCACCACAUUCCUCACCCUUCCACUCUCCACAUUCCUCACCCUUCCAAUUUUUUGACCCCUUACUCUUCCAACCUUCAGAUCUCUUAUUUUUCAAUUGUUCAAACUCCUCGGUAAUCCAUUUUCCAGACUCCUCAACCAUCCAUUCUCCAGACUCCUCAGCCAUCCAUUCUCCAGACUCCUCAGCCAUCCAUUCUUCAGAUUCCUCAACUAUUUAUUCUCCAGACUCCUCAGCCAUCUAUUCUCCAGACUACUCAGCCAUCCAUUCUCCAGACUCCUCAGCCAUCCAUUCUCCAGACUACUCAGCCAUCCAUUCUCCAGACUCCUCAGCCAUCCAUUCUCCAGACUCCUCAGCCAUCCAUUCUCCAGACUCCUCAGCCAUCCAUUCUCCAGACUACUCAACCAUCCAUUUUCCAGACUCCUCAACAAUCCAUUCUUCGGAAUCCUCAACCAUCCACUUUCCAAACCCCUGAGCCAUCCAUUCUCCAGGCUCCUCAACCUUCCAAUUUCCAGUUUCCUGUCCUAAUUCCCAAUAACCGUGUCCUGGUAGCCUCCUCCACUCCCCCAUCUCCCUCACUCCACCACGGUGGCUGGGAUGAUCUCCCAAACUUGGAAAACAAGCAGGUAUUGCUGAGUGGCGAAGGUGACGUGCCAGAGGGGGUGGAGAGUGCACUCUGGUGGCGAAGGCAGUGGCGGCGGCGGCGAUACUGGUGGUGGUGACGGUGAUGAUGAAAGUGGUGGUGGUGGUGAAGACAGUGGUGGUGGUGGUGGUGGUGGUGGGAUUUGAACAUCCCCUCCCCCUUCCCCUUCCCCCACCUCGCGUAUCGCUUCACCCUCUACGCACCGGAGAGAAAAAACGCGCUUGUAAACAGGGCACGUGAAUGCACCGUGUGAAACAACGGAGUUCUUUAAGGUUCAAAGUCAGAUAAGUGGCGGAUUUUAUAAGUAUACGUAAAAUUUAAACAUUCAACACGUACUGAAAUAUGUUAUUACAUCACAUUCAUUCCUCCAAUCUUUCUCUGUGAAUCAAUACUCGCAAAUCGAGCUUUACUAUAUAUAAAUAUAUAUAUUUGUGAUAUAUUUCAAGAAAAAAUAUAUCCAGUACCUCUCCAUAAAUCAAACUAUAUUCUCUUGGCAAUCUGUGUCGAUCAAGAAAUGAGAAGUAUUGUAAGCUGGAGACCUGGUCUAAGACCGUGUUACUGGGGGUGAUGACCUCUCCCAGGGAGAACACUCUGGUCAUUUCACUGACCAGGUUCACGUAACCACUAGUUUCUCCCAGUGGUUACACCCAGUGGUUGGACCAAGACUUCAACAUCUGUCUCGCUUAGACUUCACGAUAACAAUGUAUUGUAGAUAAGAAAAAAAUGUGUAAAGCCACAGAUAAAUGCUGCUUCUUCAAGAAAGACUGUCUCUGACCACACUCGCGGAUAACUGUGUCAGCCGUGAACGACACAGCCACACAACCACAAGUGAAACUCAACCCUCAGGCUGAUACCAGAACAAAUCUCACACUUGUCUUAUUGCUAUACAGUGUGAGGUUGUACAGAUGACUCAAACAUGACUCUGGUCCAGUGACGUUGGUCCCCUGACUCUGAUCUAGUGACCCUGGUCCCGUGACUCUGAUCCAGUGACGGUGGUCCCUUGACUCUGAUCUAGUGACCCCUGGUCCCGUGACUGGUCCAGUGACGCUGGUCCCUUGACUGAUCUAGUGGCCCUGGUCCCGUGACUCUGGUCUAGUGACGGUGGUCCCUUGACUCUGAUCUAGUGACCCUGGUCCCGUGACUGGUCCAGUGACGCUGGUCCCUUGGCUCUGAUCUAGUGACCCUGGUCCCGUGACUGGUUCAAUGACGCUGGUCACGUGACUCUGCUCCAGUGACGCUGGUCCCUUGACUCUGGUCCAGUGACUCCGGUCCCGUGACUCUGGUCCCGUGACUGGUCCAGUGACGCUGGUCCCGUGACUCUGGUCCAGUGACGCUGGUCCCGUGACUCUGAUCCAGUGACGCUAGUCCCGUGACUGUUGUGGUGAUCCGAACAUAAAUUUUGCCAAAAUCACGACUAAAAAUCAUGAUUUUGGUCCCGUGACUCACACACAACUGGUUCCAUCACUUAAAUAUAACUGGUUCCACGACUGGAACAUAACUGGUUCCAUGACUGAAAUAUAACUGGUUCCAUGACUGAAACAUAACUGGUUCUAUGACUGAAACAUAACUGGCUCCAUGACUGAAAGAACUGGUUCCAUGACUCAAACAUAAUUGGUUCCAUGACUCAAACAUAACUGAUCCCGAAAAUCAACCUUCGUGUUUCACUUCUGGUUCUGUUAUUAAUAACGCUCGAAUUCGUCCAGGACAAUAAAAUAUAAUCUUGUCUUUUUCUGUUAAACAAUUACUGUUGAGGUGCGCAGUGUGGAACGUGUGAGUGAGAAACAUCCCAUUGGGACUUUUUCCACCAACCAAGAAGUGUUGUGACCUUAGAUGUGGACACGAGGAGCUGUGUUCAGAGGUCCAGCAGACCCUGCUGACGCAGGUCACAGGAAGGACUGGCAGCCUCCUGAACUACCUCGUACUUCCCAGAGCUGGUCACACUUGUUUCACUGAGUUGUUACACAUGCCAUGUAAAAAUCACCUUCAUUGGCCUGGUUUCUGGAGAUACACUCGCGUAAUGAGCCAUUUCUUGAGCAACAAUGGAGUGUAAUCAUUGUGUAUACUUCAGUUUCAUUCAUAAUACAUGUUACACUUACACUUUUCAAUGACAAUUCUCAAGAAAUGAGUGUAAUUUCAGAAUACCGGUAUCUAUUUCAUUCCUUUGUAUCAUCAAGUAAAAUACAUGCAUUUGUUAAGGAUAGGACGGUCUAACCACCGUCCUAUAUGAUACUGCUGUCCUAGGAUAACAAACCUUAUACCGUGGAUACUAGUCCAAUUUGAUGUGAAUGCUAAAAUCCUCUAGCAUAUAGUGUUAGACAUUGUGUGUAUUUUGUACAUAGCUUAGAUUUAAGAAGUGUUGAUAUAUAAUUUGUUUAAUAUUUGCUUUCAUUUUUUAACAUGUUAUCUCUCAUUCACAAACUAGCGCACUGGUUCCUCAGCAAGCAUGGUCCAUCUUACAUUCACUUGUACUGACACUCUAGCACUUAGGUGAUUGUGAUAUGAAAGCCGUGCUAACUCUUUUUACAUGAUAAAAUCAUCCCAUGAUUUACCAGCCUGCAAUAAGGACUCAUUGUAACUGCGGGGGAUUCAGGAUUAAUAAGCUUUAGUAAUGGUUGUAAUAAGAGUUUAUCUUGCGUUGUGAAUAACUUUAGUGUUGCGCCAACUACUGUGAAGUAUGAGUGAGUGUGUCCCUUGAUGUGUGCGUGUAGUGACACUGUCUGUGAGAGCCACAAGUGGUGGACACACGGGGUGACGUCUCUCAGCCAUGCUGGGCUCUGCUGAUAAAGCUCACCUCACCUAUAUUGUACAUAUAAGAUUGAUCCUUACUAGCACAGGCACCAAGGCCCAGUAUGGCUGUCUCAGAAUACCACAUAUUCGUCUUUUAUGUAAUUAUAAGUUACAAUCACAUACACAAAUUAGUGUAUAUUAUUUUAUAAUGUAGAUAAGUAUUAUUAUUAUUAUUAUAUCAUCAUCAUCAU